CGCGGAUGCCGUGGCGCAGCUUUGCAGUCGAUUUCUGCGAAUCAGCCCUUGAGAACCAUGAGCUGUUGGUUGACUUGCAGACGAGCCGGUUGUUUUAUCCGCUUUCGCCAAAUGAGUCGGCCCGCCCGUACGGAGUACAGUGUGUCCCGUCUGCUUGGCGACUGUGCAUGCCGAUGGUGGGAGAACAUUUCCCAAAUACUCUUGUCCCCAGACAGCUAAGUUCUCAUGCCCAGGUGGCUUCAACAAAAGCCCCAAUCGAUACAGCUUAGCCAUCAGCAGCACUGAGUUCUCGCCAGUCUACCGCCAACGCAGAUCAUGUCCAACGAGAUCAACAAGGAUCUGACCAUUGAAGGAAUGGAGCUUGAUGAGGGAAUGGACGUCUUCGACGUUGCAAUGUUCGAAUCUGGAAGCGCGGGUAGCGGAUUCCACACCAAAAACAAUCCCAAGGAUCCGUACCAACGACGGGAGGUUAUACAACGGACAGGUGCUAUCGACAUCCGCUGUUCCAUAUUGGACGUGGCCCACGGUGUCAUGAGUCCAGAGAGCGACUACUGGGCAACUCUCAUGGUCCUCCAGUUUCGGUUCGACCCUCAGAAAAGGAUGCGUCGUAUCACUGAGGCAUCAUUGGAGCUGCUCUUUGACUUGGCAGACCCGGAAAAUGAACUCCCCGAGGUCGAAGCCAUAUCAUUCGAUGGCCACUACAGUCUUUUGCCAAGCAAGCAAAGCGAGUCCACGACCGUCGGGGGCUCAGGAACUCUGGGAGCUACUCAGAUACUCACUGCUAGCGGCACGGCCAAGUGGGAGAAGACCGUGACUCGGGAGACUUCGGACAAGACAACUGUGAGCGGAGGAAGAUUUGUGGUCGACAACAUUCCCCCGAACCGCAUUGCCAAGUGGACACUCCUUGAGAACAAGACCCUCAAGACCGGGAUUCCCGCUUUGUUGCAGGUCGCGGUGCGCAUCCAGCGACAGGAUGAGGAGAUUUUCACGUGCACGCCCACGAUCCGGUGCAAGGCAGACAAGUGGACGUCCAUCGAGAGCUUUUUUGGCAAGGUCCCAGAGGAUGACCCCGUGCUUUUGAACCCGGAGCAGAAGCCGACCAACAGGCUCAUGGUGUACGACACGGACAACAUUGGAGCCAUUGAUCUGCAAGCUCUCGGAAAUAUCGUUCCCACAACCUUGAUACGAGAUUCCGAGCAAGAACAAGAGGAGGCCGUAUAGUAGCUGCGCCUACCGGUAGUGAAUUUGGUCAAUCAUAGUGGCUAUUUGACUUUA